CUGAAACCGGUCAGAUUUGCCACUGGACAGUUUCAUGAGACUCGGGUUCAGCAUCAAGACACUUCACGUCUCUCACACACCACACAAACCAGGACACAUACACACACUCGCCGGUGUUUAUUUCCCCUCAUUAUAGACACUUCCAGACCUGCUCACUGAGGGUCUGAGCAUCCUGCCUGACAGCCUCCAUUCAGAGCUGCGCGCGAGUCUACAAGAGAUGCUGCAACGCUGGAUUUUCAGCUGUGCGCUUCUGGGGCUCGCCUGCUUGACUUUAUCACGUGCAGCAGCUACCUGCAGCGAGCGGCAGUUCCAGUGCUCAAAUGGGAAAUGCAUUACGACACGCUGGGUGUGUGACGACAUGGACGACUGUGGGGAUGGAUCUGAUGAGCUGCUCAUCACAUGCAGCAAGAAGAUAUGUCAGCCGUCAGAGUUCAGCUGUGGUGACAGGCUGAACCAAUGCGUGCCCUCCCGGUGGCUCUGUGACGGAAAGGCAGACUGUGAGAACGGACGGGAUGAGGAAGACUGUGUUCUGAAAAACUGCACGGAAGACGAGUUCCGAUGUGCCAACGGUCAGUGUAUCUCUGCCUCGUUUGUGUGUGAUGAUGAGUCGGACUGCUCGGAUGGCAGCGAUGAGGCCUCCUGUGCACCGCCCACCUGCACCGCUGGCUCCUUCCAGUGCAACAACUCUGUGUGCGUGCCCCAGCUGUGGGCGUGUGACGGGGACGCCGACUGUGCAGAUGGUUCGGACGAGUGGCCCCAGAACUGUGGACAGCAAAAGGCCCCACCCACACCCUGCCAUGAGCAGGAGUUCCACUGCAACAGCGGGGAGUGUAUCCAUGGCAUGUGGCGCUGUGACGGGGGCUUCGACUGCAUGGACCACUCAGACGAGGCCAACUGCAGUGCGCCCACCUGUCGGCCAGAUGAGUUUCAGUGUGCUGACGGCGGCUGUAUUCCAGGCAUCCGGCAGUGUGACGGCGAGUUUCACUGCAGGGACAUGAGCGAUGAGAAUGACUGUGCCACUGUGAGUAAGUGCGAGGGUCCCAACACGUUUCACUGUCGCAGUGGAGAGUGCAUCAGCUUGGACAAGGUGUGCAACAAGCAGCGCGACUGCAGGGACUGGUCUGAUGAGCCCCUCAAAGAGUGCAACACCAACGAGUGCCUAGUAAAUAACGGAGGCUGCUCUCACACCUGUAACGACCUGAAGAUCGGCUAUGAGUGUCUCUGCCCUGCAGGAUACAGGCUGGUGGACAACAAACGCUGUGAAGACAUUGAUGAGUGUGCAGACCCUGACACGUGCUCUCAGGUGUGUGUGAAUCUGGAGGGCAGCUUCAAGUGUGAGUGCGAAGAGGGCUAUGAGAUGGACCUCAUGACCAAAGAGUGCAAGGCUGUGGCAGGUAAUGUUCCAUAUCUGUACUUCACCAAUCGUCAUGAGGUGAGGAAGAUGACGCUGGAUAAGAGUGAGUACACGUGUCUGAUCCCCCGACUGAAGAACGUGGUGGCACUUGACAUGGACAAGUCUGGUCAGAGGAUUUUCUGGUCCGAUCUCUUCCACAAAAAGAUUUACAGCACUCCUGUGGACCAGGCUGCUGACUCCUCCCAUCACACCACAGUGAUUGACGGCCAUAUCUCCGCCCCUGAGGGAUUGGCUGUUGACUGGAUCCAUGGCAACAUCUACUGGACUGACAGCAUCUUUGGACUCAUCUCCGUGGCAACCACAGACGGAUCGAAGCGCAAAACUCUUAUCAGAGAUGAGCUGAAAAAGCCGCGGGCCAUUGUUGUAGAUCCAGAGCGCAACUUCAUGUACUGGACAGACUGGGGACAUCCUGCCAGGAUUGAGAAGAGUGGUUUGAAUGGCGCCGACCGCACAGCUCUGGUGACUGACAAUAUUGUCUGGCCCAACGGCAUCACACUGGACAUGGUGAACCAGCGUCUCUACUGGGUGGACUCCAAGCUGCACACACUCUCCAGCAUCGGGGUCAACGGCGGUCUGCGUCACACACUCAUCAUAGACGAGGGAACCCUGGCCCACCCUCUCUCACUGACAGUGUUUGAGGAGAAGGUUUUCUGGACGGACGUCUCCAGCAACAGCAUCAUGAGCGCGAACCGUCUGACGGGAAAAGACAUUGUGAAGGUGGCGGAGAACCUGGUGUCUCCUGAGGACAUUGUGCUGUACCACGACCUCAAACAGCCCAAUGGUACAAACUGGUGUGAGGAGGGUAAGCAGGUGAAUGGAGGCUGUGAGUAUCUGUGUCUUCCAGCUCCACGCAUUAACCCGCACUCACCCAAGUACACCUGCGCCUGCCCCGAUCACAUGGUCCUGGGCCCAGAUAUGAGGAAAUGUGUGGAAGUUGAUCAGAAAGCAAAAGGAGCAGCAACUACAGCUGUGAUUCCACCCCGAGUCCCAAACAGCAGAACUACACCUAAACCACCUGCUAGACCUGACCCCACCCAGCAAAAACCUGUUACCAAAGGAGCUGCUGCUGGAAGAAAGAACCUUCCAGAUGAAAUAAACAGAGAAGGUUCAAAUGAUGGCUAUGUUGCAGUCCCCAGCCAGUCCCAGAACCAUGUUGCUCUCUACGUGAUACUGCCAAUAGCUGCCAUGUGCCUAACUGUGUUUGGCGCCGUGUUGCUGUGGCGGCACUGGAGACUAAAGAACACCAACACCAUUCAUUUUGAGAAUCCUGUCUAUCAGAAAACAACAGAGGACAAGGUGCACAUCUGCAGGAGCAACAGCCAAGACGGAUACAUUUACCCCUCGCAUCAGAUGCUAAGUCUGGAUGACGAGGAGGACAUGGCGUGACGUUUCUCUCAAUGAUUCUCAAACAAACCUGUGGAAAGUCAAAUACAAGUAACAAGAGAGAAGUCAUAGUCCUGAAGUUCAUAGUCCUGUCCAUCUGGCUUUAUAUUUCCUCUGCACAUAAACCUUAAACGGGAAGUGAAGGACGAAUCCAGAACACAAAGCGUUUUUUUUUUUCAGACACUGAAGAAUGUCACCACCAUGAUGCCACCACUCUCACGUUGCUUUUUACUAUGUUUCAUUAUUCGGACCAAACUCCUGUGGAGACAUUCCGUCCAUUAGCUUUCUGAAAGAACGACAGAGGCCAUUAAGCCCCACCCUAAUAUGAAGGAUUCAACAUGCAUUCAACAGCUUAAUGGAUCUGGAGGCUCUCGAGAACUCGAUAAGAGCAUGGCUGUUAAUCCACCACCCCAUGCACUGCUGUACAUUAAUGGACGGAUGCUGGAGUGCGUGGGCGGCGCAAAGGGCAUGCAACUCACUGCAUACUUCCUCUUGGGUGGGUUCACAGUAAAUGUGUAUGAUACUUUAUGAAUGUGUCCAAUGCCUUCUCACAAAAGUGUUACCCACCUUUUACAUGUUAUUGGAAUAUAAGUAAUAUUUUCUUUUUUUUUUUUAUCUUAUGUGAAGGUUUAACACUCGUUGCUUUGCACUACAUAUUGUACAAAAUCCUGUAUAAUAUCCACUUUUAAGAUCCACUUUUCUUAGUUCACAACCGUCCUUUCUGAGUCCCAGUCUAGACUGCAGUAAAUUACUUUGCAAAGUGAGAUUACUCUGAACAAUAUAAUUUUUAAUAUAAUGAUACUCUUUAAUUCUGAAAUAAAUCCAAGGUUUAGUUAGUUAGUAGUUCAGUAAUAGUGCAGUAGUGUAAAGUAUAACAGUACUUAGAAACAGUUAGCUAGUAGCAGUUUCCAUUGAUCAUUAACCACAAUAGCUAGCAUGUUUGUUCAAGCUUUUCCUAUAACUUAAAGGAGAAGUCUGGUGUGAAAUGGACUUGUGUUGUAGUGAAACGUAUACGAUAACGAGUGUGACUUUUUGUCAGAUAGUCCAGUCAGAAUUCUAAACUGAACUAUCAAGCAACUUUCAGCUUGUUAAUGGGGUAAAAUUGGGCAACUGUAUGCCCCUAUCACUAGCAUUGUAAGCUUGGUGGAAGUGUCGAAUGAAAGCACUGUAUUCUGGAAGGCUGGGGCUAUUUGACAAAAGCUUGUACCCAAUAUCAUGUUUCACUACAACCCAAGUCCAUUUCACACCAGAUUUCUUCUUUAAACUGAAAUUAGUAUCCAGCUGUCUUUAGAUCGUCACAGCACCAAAACAGGAAUGGCAGGGCUAGCUUAGACUAGCUAACAGUUAGCAAACUUUCCAAAGGGACCUUAUUCAGCAGAACUAUUCAGGGAAAGAGAAACUCUGGCAGGUACAGAUUUGAUACGUAUGCUGGUUUAUUGCACUUGAAACGCACAGACCGUUACCUCUGUUGAAGAAUGAAGGAGAAACCAUAGCUUUAUGAUGUUUACUACAACUACGACCUGUUCUUUUCAUACCACUGUGCUUCAUUCUGACGUCUACAUGCCUACACAAUUCCAUCUGUGGCUAAGCUUUAGAUUAGAUUUGUCCCGCCCCCUAAAAUACUUCUCACUGCAGAACCUAAAGCCUGGUGGGUGGAGUCUGACCACAAUUAACUCCUCCCACUUUGAAAAUCCUUGCAUAUCUCUUGCUUAAUAAGGAUAAUAGCACGUGUCGUGUCUUCUAUCAUUAUCAUUAGAAAAAACGCUAAUGAUUUUUUUUUGUUAAAUAUACACUCUUUGAGUUAUAAAUGAAAAAUUAUAAAAUUACUCUUAGUUAUACAUUUAAAAUGCUUAAAAUGAUUAAAAUUAAUAUAUAUAUAUAUUUAAUUAAUAUAUAUAUAUAUAUAUAUAAGUAUAUUUCAAUGUCACCUCACAAAAUCAAUGCUUUCUCUAAACCUUUUUUUAUUUUAGGACAAUCAUGUUUAGUGUUUUAAUAAUGUAUUUUUUUUUGCUACCUAAAUAAGGAAACAUGUUGUUUCAUUGGUUCAAGCCAAUAAAACACAAAACAGAAGGAGUUGGAUCAGAUCUACCUUCACCUUCUUUGUCUUAUUUUCAAGUUUUGGACAAAAACAUGCCUUAUGAUAUGAGAUAUGGAAAGAUAAGAUGUUGCCUUAAGUGCUGUUAUAUAUUGAGCGUCUCCUCAGGUUUCGGAAACAGGCGUUGUUCACCGUGUGACUGUAAGUUCUCCACCUUUCUUUCGAUGAAGAACCUUGUUUUCUGAGAAAGAAGUUUAAAGAGAUGAAGUUCAGGAGAAGCAGUUUAAGAUUCAGUUAAAGAAUGAAUGAAUGAAGAAUUCCGAACUUGAUCUGAAUGCAGGAAGUCUUAAAUGUAAAAACGAAGUGUGUACAUAGUGCCUCUGUAAAUAUCCUCCUCUGUUGCUCAGUGCUUUUUUGUAUUAAGUUUGUACAUUUUAAACCUCAGACUUUUGUAAAUGAAAAAAUGUGCUUUAUUUAUUGCGUAUCUAUAUAAACUUGCUGUUUUGUUUUCUGUUCUUUUUGCUUUGUGUGGAACACAAGGUCAGUCUUGUGCAGAUAAAAUAGAUUUGCACUGUUCAGACGAGAGAUGAGCCAUGUUAACCUCAUUAUGUUGUAUGAAUGACAUCCAAGGGCACUACCAUAGGAGAAGAUUCACAUGGAUAAAUCACAAUGUGAAAAGCUGGGAAACGUGAACUGUAACAUUUGUGCCUUUCUGUACUGUUAAUGUUGAAGCGGCAUUGAAGUUGGGAGAUUUUUGUUUGUUUGUUUGUUUGUUUGUUUGUUUUUUUCAAGUACAAUAUGUUUACUACAGGUAUAAUAUGUCCGUUGGAUUGAGUGCACACAGAGCUUAUCUUAUAGACCACUGGGUUUGAUAUUAUAUUUCCGAUGAAGGAAACAAAACAAAAUAAUUGCUGACUUGUGUUUGUUCAUUAUUUUGGGCAAUUAAAUAUGUUUUAAAAUACA